AUGGAGAAUGUUCGAUAUAGCGGAAGGAAUAGAAAAAUCACCCUGCGGAAAAGACCGAGAACCAGACGCAGUUCUACAGUUCCAGCAAUACCCACAGUCCCGUCCACAGCCCCAGCUACAUCCAUGGGCGAUAGAGAACAGUCAGGCUUUGUUCCUAUGGCUUCAGGAAGUUAUCUAGGGCAUAUAUUGGAAAGCAUUGCAAAAUCCGCCGAGACAGCAGCGCCGGAUCCCCCUCAGGUAGGACUUUGGGGAAUUGAUCUCAGUAAAAUGCGACCUUUAUCCCCAGAACCAUCCAAUGCUGCUAGUCCCCGUAGUCGACCAACUUCCCCAGUUGCUCAAUCCCCAUACAUAAUUCCAUCCCUCUUGAGAAGUAGGCCUCAUUCACCUAUCGAGACAAGUCAAAUGCCACUUUCUCCGUCAUCCCCUACUCGAAGAAUACCAAUCACUUCGCACUUACAGCCAGCUCCUACCCGAGCGUGGGAGUCAUCGUCAUCACCACCCACUAGCCGGGCAAACUCGCCGAUACAGCGACAACAGCAACGUACAUUCUUAGACGAAGACCCUGGGUCUGAUGAUGCUCGAGGCGGGGCAUCAUCUUCUUCUGAUACAGAUUCAAUUAGCAAAAAGCACCGGCAUCAUCGUAAGCAUGGGGGAAUACGCUCAGCAAUUACACCCCAGGUCAAGGCAGACAUAGCAAAUAUGGUCCGCUCGGUUCUAAGGCCUUACUAUCCUGAAAAGCUAUCGAAGGACGAUUUUACUCAAAUUAACAAGAGUGUGUCUCGUAAGCUAUAUCAGCUUGUGGAAGCCGAUGAGGACUCGGAUGUAGCAGGUGAUAAGGAAAAGUGGAUCAAGGUCGCGGAGGAGGAGGUAAUGUUGGCUGUUGAAUGCCUGUAA